CAGCACGACCUGGAUCACUAUUUGUUUCCAAUUGUUUACAUCUUCGUGAUAAUAGUCAGCAUUCCAGCCAAUAUCGGAUCUCUCUGUGUGUCUUUUCUGCAAGCAAAGAAAGAAAACGAAUUAGGCAUUUAUCUCUUCAGUUUGUCACUGUCCGAUCUGCUGUAUGCUCUCACUCUCCCUCUCUGGAUUCAUUAUACUUGGAAUCAAGACAACUGGACUUUCUCUCCUGCCCUGUGCAAGGGAUGUGCUUUCUUCAUGUACAUGAACUUUUACAGCAGCACAGCCUUUCUCACCUGCAUUGCUGUGGACCGGUACCUAGCAGUUGUCUACCCUCUGAAGUUCUUUUUCCUAAGAACAAGAAGAUUUGCAUUCAUGGUCAGCCUGUCCAUCUGGGUAGUAGAAACCAUCUUCAAUGCUGCCAUUUUGUGGGAAGAUGAUAUAUCUACAGAAUAUUGUGGCACCAAUAAGUCUACUUUUACUCUAUGCUAUGACAGUUACCCUUUGGCGAACUGGCAAAUUUCGUUCAAUUUCUUUAGGACGUGUACGGGCUAUGCUAUACCUUUGGUCAUCAUGAUGGUUUGCAACCGGAAAGUUUACCAAGCGGUGCAACAUAAUCAAGCCACGGAAAACAGUGAAAAGAAAAGAAUCAUAAAACUACUUGUUACUAUCACAUUGACUUUUGUCUUGUGCUUUACUCCCUUUCAUGUGAUGUUGCUGCUCCGCAGCAUUUUAGAGCCUAUAGUUGACGAAAAGUAUGGGAAGCAGACCUAUAAAAUAUAUAGAAUCACGGGUGCAUUAACGAGUUUAAAUUGUGUCGCUGAUCCGAUUCUGUAUUGUUUUGUAACUGAAACAGGAAGAUCCGAUAUGUGGAAUAUAUUAAAAUUCUGUACUGGGAAACUUAAUAAAUCACAAAGACAAAGAAAAAGCAUAUUUUCUAUGUCUACCAAAGAUACUGUGGAGUUAGACACCCUGGAAUAGAACCAAGGAAUUGUUUUAAGAUGCACAAUAUUAUAUCACCAUGAUUACAUUUUGAGAAGGAAAACUAGCAUGGGGUAGAACUAAGUUUUCCAACUGAGGGAAUAUUUUAAUAUCCUCUCCAAUGGGGAAAUAUUUUGAAAGUGCACUGUGCAGCUCCUUGGCUUUUAUUAAAUGAAUAUUAAACAAAAAUCUAAUAUUUCCUAAUUACUCAGAAUUGUUAUUGUUGAUGGCAAUUGUUUUUGUAUCUAUGCUAUAAUCCCUCAGAGGUUAGUAAGAUAUGCAGAACUGUGUGUCUUUAAUUUGGUAACCUUUAUGUCUGGUUUUUAUUAUUUUUCUCACUCUUUCUAUAGAUUUUAGGCUGUCAGCUAUAACGUCUCCCAACCAUAUGUCCUUGUC